GACAUGUGAUGGAAAUUGAUGAAUUUCUGACUAUUGAAUGCAUUUCUUUGUAAAUUUUAUAGGAUUUUGACUGCUAAUCUCUCUUGUUGUAAGAGUGAGAAUAUGGGUUCUAGCUUUUCUUUUUUCUUUUUUUCCAGAUGAGGGCUAAAUGAUUUAAUCAAAGAGUGAUUGGAGGGAGAGAAAAAUCAUUGUUGUACAUUGUUUGUGGAGAAAUAUGUAUUGCCUUACUUGCUGAUAUUGAUAAUGCACUCCACCUUUUUCCUGUAACAUCACUUGUUAGUCCUUACCUAAAAUUAAGUAAGCUGUUUCCAUCGGCUACAUUUUCUUUUCCAUCCUCAACCAAGCAGCAUUUGAAUAUUUAGAUUUUAGGACAUUCUGUAAAGGAAACAUUGCUGUAUAUGACAUGGAGUACUCUUUUUUUUUUUGUGAAACAUGUAUCAAAGGCUUACCAAAUAUCGUAAGUCGAUCAUGACUAUAUACACAAUCACACACACACACACACAAAUGCAAACAAAAUACUUGGGUUUCUUAAUGUUGUCAAUUUUGUUGUUAUUUCUUAGUGUCAAGCAUUAAAGAUCAGAUCUUACCUGAUAACACAUAUGCAUGAGUAUUGUGAUAACUAUUUGCCAUCAAGGCAUUGAAAAUGUUACCCUUUGAUGAUCUAGCAAUCAUAUUGUUCACCUGACAUUUGCUUACUAUAAAUUCCUUAGCCACACUAACUCUGCUUAUUAUGAAUCAUUGAUGGGUUAUUACAUAAUUGAGUGUCAUUGCUCUUUAUUCAAAUAUUAAGUAUCUCAAAACACCCAGACCUAUUCUAUUUCAAGGCUAACUUUUAAAGUUACUCUUUGAUUUUUGCCAUUUACCCUUAGUAUCUGUUGUGAUGUAUGUGCAAGUGUGGGUUUUAUUAUGUAUGUGUGCCUCACAAAGCCAACUUUCCCCAAGGCGAGAAGUGAGAUUGCUUGGGAUAUUUAGUUAAGUGGACAAUGGUAAUAUGAAGCACAACAUGCUGUUGCUGACUCUGCUGCUUGCUAGUUCAACUUUUUAUUCAAGCAAUUCAUACAAGGAACUCGGGCAGACUGCCGUAGGUAUUUUCUGCAUGCAUGUAUUUUGGGCCAUUGCAAGGUGGAUGUGUUUUGGCCAAUGAUUGUUCUAUUUGUAUGUUAUACCAAUGAAAGCCUUUGAGUUGGAGUUGGCCAGUGUGAAUUGUUCACUCCUUAGCCGAUCUUUCUUUUCCUCCCAAAAGUAUAUAUGCUUAUUUUGCUACCUGGGUUCGAAUGAAAUGAGAUGAGAUUAAAAGGAAGUGGCAACUAGAAACUUUUGAAAGUAUAUGUUUUUUUCUGAUGAAAAGAAUAGAUGGUUUACACAUUUCAUGCAUAAUAGCAGUUUUUCUGCCAAAAUGUGCUUGUACAAAUUCUAAACACGUGUACAAAUAUCAGAUCUCCGGAAGAAAGGACAUUGGCAACUUCCAGUACAUAAUCAAUUUGUCUCCUACGAACAAGUUAAACUACUAAGCGUGGGUUAGCAUGUAGAUUGUUGAUAUCUAUACACAAAACUGUAACAAAAUCGCGUCGGAAAAUAGGUGCUGAGUUGUUCUCCUAAAGAGCACAACUUUUUGCCUUAAUUUCUGGUUAAAGCAUUGGUUAAAGCAUUGUAAAGUUAAGAUGCCAACUCGCUACCUUUAUCAGCAUAAAGGUAUAUGCACACAUUGCUAGAAAAUCGAGGAAUUAAUUCUCCGAUUAUAAUCGAACAUCAAACAUCGAUUUUUUUUUUGGUUUGCCUUGAAUACUUCGUGUUGACACCAGCGACAGGAUUUCACCUACAAAAUCUGCAUCUAUGGUAUUGAAGUCGACGGAUAUGGAUAUAUGCAAGUUAAUCCUGGUUGUCUUUUCAUUAUUGACUCUGUUCUCUGGCCUGGCUGAGAGUUUCGAUUACCAUGAGGGCGACCUGGUUUCCGAGGAGAGCCUGUGGGACUUGUAUGAGAGAUGGAGGAGCCACCAUACGAUUUCGCGUGACCUUAAAGAGAAGCAAAAGCGUUUCAAUGUGUUCAAAGAUAAUCUGAAACAUAUAUACAAGGUGAAUCAGAUGCAUAAGCCUUACAAGUUGAAACUGAAUAAGUACGCCGAUAUGACUAACCAUGAGUUCAUGAGUACAAGGAGCUCAAAGGUCAGCCAUUACCGGAUGUUCCACGGUCCAAGGCGGAUGACUGAGUUCAGGCAUGAGAAAACUGACAACCUUCCUCCCUCCAUUGAUUGGAGGAAGAAAGGAGCGGUUACUGGUAUCAAGGAACAAGGCAAAUGUGGUAGCUGCUGGGCAUUUUCAACUGUAGUUGCAGUGGAGGGUAUAAACCAAAUCAAAACAGGGGAGCUUGUAAAUUUAUCUGAACAAGAGCUAGUUGAUUGUGAUAAGGAGAACCAUGGUUGUGAUGGAGGAUUGAUGGAACAAGCAUUUGAGUUCAUCAAGCAAAGUAAUGGACUAACAACCGAGAAUGACUACCCCUACAAAGCCAAAGAUGAGUCCUGUGACUCAUCCAAGUUGAACGGUCCUGUGGUGAUCAUUGAUGGCUAUGAAAUGGUACCAGAAAAAGAUGAAAAAGCUCUGAUGAAAGCUGUUGCAAACCAACCUGUGUCUAUUGCUAUAGAUGCUGGUGGCAAGGAUUUCCAAUUCUACUCAGAGGGGGUGUUCACUGGAGACUGUGGCACCGAGCUGAACCAUGGGGUGGCAGUGGUAGGAUAUGGAGCAACCCUGGAUGGAACAAGGUACUGGCUAGUGAAGAACUCGUGGGGUGGUGAGUGGGGAGAGAAUGGUUACAUAAGAAUGCAACGAGACAUUGAUGCUGAAGAGGGGUUGUGUGGUUUAACAUUGGAAGCCUCUUACCCUGUGAAGUUGCAUUCUAACAACAUUAGAAAAGCUUCCUCAAAGGUCAAGGAUGAACUCUAAUUCAGUUGAUCGUUUUGUUGGUCGAGUUUGCGUGUUGAAGUGAGGCAAGUGUUGUGAUAGUUGCAUAAAAUGUCUCGCAAUAUAGAUGUUUCUGCGAGAAGUUGUUUAUGUAUAUACUGUCUGGUUAUUCCGAAAUGCUUUGGAAUGAUAAUAAAACCUGUUAGAUGCCAUAAAAUUUUAAAGCAUUACUUGCUUUUUCUUUACAUUG